AUGCAGUGGCACGCGCGCUGGAACGUCGAGGAUUCGGACUCGCCGAUCCUCCGAAACAUCGCCGGCGCACUUCUGAUGACGUCCGGGGUGACGCUCUUCCUCGCGGCGACGCGCUUUGCGUGGGGUAUCGUCCGCGGCGGCGACGUCUCGCUGGAGACGACGUACUAUUAUCUCCUCGUCCCGGUCACGCUGCCGGUCACGAUCGUGUUCGUGUACCUGAACUGGCUCGCGUUGAGCAUCUUCAAGACCGCGUGA